AUGCCGAGAGAAUCUCUGACUAGAAAAAGGAAAACUGCUGUUCUGCAGAACAACGUGGCCGUAGGAAAGAAGGCUAGACGAAGUGAAUCACAGGAUGCUGAGGAGCAGCUACAGUCUCAACCAGGGCGUCCAGCUAAUUACAGAUCCAAAACGGUUAGGAAAGAACAAUGCAAGGCAAUGAGAGAGCAGCGAUGGAGUGAUAAAGUUAGAAAUGAAAUAAGUUUAGGCAAUACAGCCGACAAUGUUCCGGAGGGACCCACCUUGAGAUCAAGUCUGCCGUACACAAAAGCUGUAAACAUGGAUCAGUGUUAUGUGGUUAAUUUGGAAAUGCUAACAACCGCUUUGAGCGAGUGUGUGAAUUGUAAACAAGGACCCCUAGAUUUACGUAAUAGUUUUAAUGUUCGCCCGGAAGGAGUGUGUCCAGUACUAAAAGUUAAAUGCACACAAUGUGAGUUUAUUAACAUCGUACGCCCGGCCGAGCAUCAUCGUACUGGAAAAAGAGGCCCUCCCACCUUCGACGCUAAUUCCCGUGCUGGGCUUGGUGCACUGCAUUGUGGAUUGGGACAUACGCAUACCUCUGGAUUUCUUACAACACUUGGUGUACCAUCAAUUUCCUCAAGCAAUUUCAAAAAGCGGGAAAGAGAAAGUGGAAAAGCAGUAGAAGAAGUGGCUAAAGAUUCUUGUAAUCAGUUUAAUGAGGAAGAAAAGCGGUUGUCCACGACUGGAAAUGAGGAAGUAGUAAAACUCGGAGUGUCGUACGAUAUGGGCUGGAGAAAGCGAGGACGUUGUCACGACUCGUCGUCAGGAGUGGGCACAGCAGUGGGGUUACAUACCGGAAAAGUCAUUAGUUAUGCUACUCGCAAUAAAAUGUGUAGGGUUUGUGACGAAGCGGAGAAAAAGAAUAAAGAAGCAGAAAGCCACGACUGUCGAAAAAACCACGAAGGAUCCUCGAAAAGUAUGGAGGCAAACGUAGCAGUCGAGCUUUUUUCAAGCGCCCCGAAAAGUGGAGUGAUUUACUCGACUUAUGUGGGAGAUGACAACAGCGUCACAGAAAACCAUCUCAAAACGCUGGUUAACUACGACAUUGAUAAAUGGAGUGAUGUGAAUCAUGCAAGUCGUACACUGGGAACGAGAUUAUACAUGGCUAAAGGAAAGAUUAAAGGGUUGACUCCUAACGUGAUAUCCUACAUCCAAAAGAGCUUCACCUACUGUGUUAACCAAAACAAGGGCCAGCCAUCCUCAUUACUCGAAGGGCUCACCUCUAUCGUACCACACGCGUUUGGCAAACACGAUAACUGCAGCAAUUCCUGGUGUGGAUACAAAAAAGACCCUGAAGGCUACAAGCACGGAAGUCUUCCAGGAGGCAAGGACCUGACGGGCGAAGAUUUACGUGCAACCUUGGAAGAAGCUAUUCGACCAUUUCUUUCUCAUGACUCCGUGAAAAAGCUGGCCCCAGCGGGCUCAUCACAGAGAAAUGAAAGUGUAAACAGUUCCAUUGGCUCGAAAGCGCCGAAAAUAAGACAUUAUGGAGGCUCGCAAAGCAGCGACUUUAGAACCGCUGCAGGAAUAGCUCAGUUUAACAAAGGGAACAGAUAUCUGACAUUAGCCACGGAAAAAAUGGGUCUGGCACAGACGCAUAUCACAGAACAGAACACCGACAAAAUUGACAAGAAAAGGAAAAGGGAUGGCGAGCGAAAGUCAACAAAAGAGUUCAAAAAAGCGAGAAGAAACUCUCGAAAGAAAAAGAAUCAAAAGACCAAUUCUGCUGAGAAACGCGAGUCAGCAACGUACGAGACAGGGAUCGGCUGGCAACAGAGCGACAAAGAGAAAGCCGCCAUCACGAAUGCAACCAUGAACGAUCUAAAGGCAUGUCUGACAAAGGAGGAGUUUAAUGAUUAUACCGAUGAUCUCCCAAAAUCCAACGAAGGGAACAGCCAGGAAGUCUCCGAGUUACCUGUAAUCCAACAACGUUCACGUUUUCUUCAUUUGGCCCUCGACAUAGAAACAACAGGUCUAGACCGGAAAUCGGAUAUUCUGCAGAUUUCAUGCAUUCCACCAAAUGCUGAAACCAAAUCAUUUUCGGUAAACCUUUUUCCAGAAAAUCGAAUUAUUGGCCAGUCAGCGACGCAAGUCCACGGUAUAAGUGUAGAGUUUUGUAAGGGCAGAAAAACAUUAUUGAGAAGAGGGAAAGAACUGGAGGCCGUAUCGCAAACUCAGGGUCUCAGUGAUUUUUGCAGUUUCCUAAAACAGCAGUCCCGUUCCUUCCAAGUUGUCCUUAUUGCACACAAUGGUGAAAAGUUUGACUUCCCAGUUCUGAUCAAUGCUCUGAGAAGGAACAAUCUCCUUGAAUUGUUCCUGGCUACUAGUGUUGUCCUUGUGGACUCUCUAAAGAUUGUUUCGACAGAAAUGAAGCAGAAAGGUAGCCCUUUGUAUUCCUGCAAGAGCAAAUCUUUGUCCGACGUUUACGAAGUUUUACUGAAAGAAAAGUUUGAUGCACAUGAUGCACAAGAAGAUGCUACCGCCUUGUCGCGUAUUUUAUUUCAGUCCCCUCUGCAAGUAUCUGUUGAAAGAAUUCAGACGCACGCAGUUCCUGCAGAACUGUUCGUAAAAAAAAUGAACUCAGCACAAGAGGCAAAAUCCCGAAAGUCCACGCUGCAUCGCCUCCCGGUCUCCGAAGGAAUGAAGGAGAAAAUGGGAAAGGCCGGGCUUGACUACGAAACAAUGCAGGGUGUUUACAAGAAAGGUGGAACGAAAGCUCUGUUAGCGGUGCUAGCUCUUCCAGAGUCCUUUGAGCAAAUUCAAGAAAAGCGGAGUAAGCCAAGGGUGACGAAAAACCUAAACAUACUCACAGCAGUGGUUAACUAUUUUGUACGAAUGCAAUCUUAG